AUGGUGGGAACAACAGAAGAUGUCUUCUUGGGUCCCAUUGGGCCUGUGAAUACUGAGCUGAUUGACAGCGAAAGGCACCUGUGCUGUGUUCACUUCCCUGUGGCCGGCUUCUACCACUGUCCCAACAUGGGUCUGGGCUUUGUGGUGAGCAGGGCCGUGACAGUCACCAUUGAAUUCUGUUCCUGGGACACUUGCCUGGACAAGACUUGUCUGCAGCACACCUGGAUGAUAGCAGGGCCUCUGUUUGGUAUCAGGGCUGAGCAAGGAACUGUAGCUGCUGUGCACCUCCCUCACUUUGUGAACCUCCAAGGUGAGCAUGUGGACAUCUCUCAGUUCAACGUGGCCCACUUUAAAGAGGAGGGCAUGCUGCUGGAGAAGCCAGCCAGGGUGGAGGCACAUUGUGCAGUCCUGGAGAAUCCCAGCUUCUCACCAAUAGGAGUUCUACUGAGGAUGAUUCCUGGCGCCCGGCACUUCAUCCCCAUCAUCUGCACCACAUUGCUGUACUACUACCUGAGUCCUGAUGAAGUCACCUUGCACCUCUACCUGGUCCCCUGUGACUGCAGCAUUCAGAAGGCCAUAGAUGAAGAAGAAGAAAAGUUUCAAUUUGUAAGAAUACACAAGCCACCCCCACUGGAUGCCUUGUACCUGGGUUCUCGCUAUGUUGUAUCUGGAUCUGGGAAGAUGGAUAUCAUCCCCCAGGAACUGGAGCUGUGCUAUCGGAGCCCUGGAGUAUCCCAGCUCUUCUCUGAGAUCUCUGUUAGAGAGCUGGACUCAGCAAUCAGGCUGAAAAUGGAAGAGAAGAAAAAUACGACUCUAAUAUGGGAGACCUUGCUGAAACCAGGAGAUUUCAGAUCACCAGCUACCCCAGUACUUCCAGCCCCCAAAGGUGGCCUGGCCUCCCCACACUUUGUGGACAGGCAUCGGAAGCAGCUUGUGGACCGAGUGACAUCCGUGGACUCAGUGUUGGACCUGCUGCAUGGACAGAUGCUGAGUGAGGAGCAGUAUGAGCAGGUACGGGCUGAGGCCACCAGUCCAGCCCAAAUGCGGAAGCUGUUCAGCUUCAGCCGGGCCUGGGACCAGAACGGCAGAGACCAACUCUACAUAGCCCUGAAGAAGACACAUCCUUACUUGAUCAUGGAACUCUUGGAGGGGUGA